CGGGUCAGUUCUGAAUUCUUCUUCUCUUCUCGUGCACCUUUGGCAGACAGGAAGCUUGGACAGCUGCGUGGAUCAUUAGUCAAGGCGAAUACAGUGGGUGCAAACGUGCAAGUACCUGAUUGAGCGGACCCCUCUACCUGACUCCACGCUUGCUCAGGUCGUACCACCUGGUUCUUCUUCCUCCUUCGUCUGCUUCGCCCCUCGUAACGAAACUACCAACGUCAAUAAACCUCGCACACAUAGCCCAUCAAACCUCACCAAGAUGGCAGACAGCGCCCCCGCCAACGACUCGAACGGCAAUGGCAGCAGCCUCAACCCCUUCGCCAAAAAGGACUCACACUCUGACCAAUCCAUCCUCCUCUACAAGAUCACCACAACAAUCUCCUGGCUCCUACUCGUAGUCUCAGCCAUCUACACCACCUUCGCCUCGCCCAACGGCCCAAACUCGCACAAGUUCUGGCACAACAACCCCUCUACGCCCUUUGCGCAGUCCAGCAUCUUCACAUCCAUAUACGUAUUGAUCAUCUUCAUUCUGCAGUCUGGCUACGCGUACGCCCUGUACAUGAGCGAUACCACCUACGUCACUUCAGCCGCCAACCUCGGUAGCCACUUUAUUGCCAACAACUUGCUUUUGUUCGGCUUUGUGUUCCUCUUCACGCACAUGCACUACUGGCUGGCGCUGUUCUUGCUCGUGCUCAACUUUGGUAAUCUCAGUAUGGCGUAUUUCCGCCACAGCACUGCGCCGAGGGCUAUCCAUAUCGGUACUGUCAGUGGACCGUUGGCAUGGAACUUUGUUGCGCUCUACUGGGUUGGUGCGAUCGCGGUUCAUUCGAAUCAUUUUGCGGCGAGAAUUGUGGCCAAUGUGUUUAUUUGGGGAUGGUUGGGCUAUGGCAUGUUCUUCUUGGUGGCGUACAAGGACUACACCAUGGGGUUUGCGCUAAGUGUGCUGUGUUUCUCAACCGGCGUUGGACAAUUCCUUACCCGCCCGCAUCUCUUCCAGCUCCAGUGGAUCUUUGCUUUCACAAUUGGUGGUCUGCUCUUCUUGCUUUCGCUUGCUGUCGGCAUGCCCGGUUUGCUUGGACGCGAUCCUUUCCCUCGUGGCCAGAUCGUCAGCGAGGAUAGGGAGAGGGCACCUUUGUUGGCCGAUGACUAGGUGGUGAUGUGGGGGUAUUGAGUGUAGCAUUGUGUAUAAGCUAUGCUUGUGCUGAGAUACAUGAGAUGGUGGUGAGGUCUACAUAUAUGGAAGAAAGCCUGCCAAGGCUAGUCGCAUGACGGGUGGUGGUGGAAAAGGCACAGCGAUUGUACUCAAGUGCUAGUUCGCUUGGGGAGGAGGGGACGAAUGUGCGAUUGAACAACUGCGAAGUGCUAGUCCUCGAAGUUGAGGGUCGGUGACAUACAGGUUCGACGCAUACCGGAUAAGUUCUCAGGUCGAAAUGUUUAUACAAUGUUAGACCUAGGUUACUCAUAGCUCACUCAACGUUAUUGAGAAACACUACCGCUUGAUUAAUGUAUACGGCUCAU